UCGGACACAUCGUGCUCUUAAUCUAUUUUUUUCGUAAAGUUUUCAACGUCACGAAGACGCUUAACUUUUAACAAUCUCUGUGCCAAUUCUCUUCUCUGCGAUAUGGAAUCUUCGGAGACCAACAGCAACGAAGCGGAGAAACAACAGACAAAGCAAAACAAAAAAUCACCUGUCCAAAAUGCAAUAUCAAAAUAUCAAUACGAUAAAUCAUCUGACGAAGAACCUAAGAGCAAACUUACCUCGAUUAUAGAUUCUGCAGGAUUUUCACGACUCCGGAGUAAAUCUACAUCUGUUAUUCCAGACUUUUAUACACCGUCGAGAAGAAACUCUGACAAGCCAGAUACAGUUAAGCCCCAGAUAGAAAUUUUGCACAAGAUUGACGCUCAUGUCAUAACGGCUCAGAAUCAAAAUAUCAAUGAUAGUGUUAUAAGCAAACCUUCGACAUCCACUGCAUACAUGUCUGUGCAAGAAGAUGCAGAUUGUUACAACAUGAGCCACAAAAAUCGUGGUAAAUGUGUAAUAUUUAAUCAUGAAGUAUUUGAGAUCACAAACUUUGAUAAUCGCGAAGGCACCGCAAUGGAUGCCAAAAGACUGGAGAAAAGUUUUACACGUCUUGGGUUUGAAGUAAAAAUCCAUAAUGACUUUACCUUCAACGAAAUUAUGAACGAAAUAGAGAAUCUAAGUGAGUAUGAUCACACAGAUAACGAUUGUUUAUGUAUUAUCGUUUUGACUCACGGACUACACCAAGAUUUAAUCAGCGCAAAAGACAGCAUUUAUAAUUCUGAUAAAAUUUGGAAAUCGUUCACCGCCAACAAAUGUAAAACACUCGCGGGAAAACCGAAGCUGUUCUUUUUCCAGGCUUGUAGAGGCGAACAACUUGAUAGUGGAGUCGUGCUGUCUACUCGAGUUCAAACUCGCAGUAAUUCGGUGGUAUUAACAGGAACUGAUAGCGUAUCAUCUUAUAAAAUACCGACUCAUGCAGAUUUCUUGUUAGCUCAUAGCUCGGUUCAAGGAUUUUAUACUUGGAGAAAUCCUGAAGAAGGAACUUGGUACGUACAGUGCUUAUGCGACGUCCUCGACAAACACGGAACAGAGUAUGAACUGAUGAAUUUGUUGACGAUGACAGCACGAAAAGUUGCGAUAAAUUUUGCUUCUUAUAAUCCGAACGAGAUAUCUCUGCACGAAAAAAAGCAAGUGCCAUCAGUGACAACGAUGCUCACUAGAUCCGUUUACUUUACACCGAAAUCCAACACGUAAAUUGUACGUUAGGACCGAACUGUUUUACGCCUUAGGCAAAGCUAACUAUUUACAACUCUUUAAAAAACAAUGGUCAACUUUGGUCCUGAUGAUGGUUAUUGCACCCUUUUGAGUCCUGCGUCCUAGGCGGCUGCCUAGUUGGUCUAACAGGAGCAUCGAUCCUGAUUACAUUAUUUUAUAAAAAAUAUACGAGCUAUCUUAUU